AUGGACCCAUUCGGUAUCGGGACGGACUCGAGUAAUCCAACGAUCACCAUUGAUUUGUGGCUUAUGGAUCACCCUAAGUUUCUUGACAAUCCACUAUACAUUGCUGGUGAUUCCUACACCGGCAUAGUUGUUCCAAUCAUUGUGCAGGAAAUAUAUAACGGUAACGACAACGGAAACAAGCCAUCAAUGAAUAUAGAGGGAUACUUGGAGGGAAACCCUCUAACAGAUAAAAGCAGUGAUGUUAAUUCAAGAGUCAAGUUUGCCCAUCGAGUGGCCCUUAUUUCAGAUGAACUCUAUGAGUCAACCAAAUCAAAUUGUCACAGAGAGUACACGGAUGUAGAUCCAAAUAAUGCAUUAUGUGUAAAUGAUCUUCAACUGGUACAGGAGUCAACCAAAUCAAAUUGUCACAGCGAGUACACGGAUGUAGAUCCAAAUAAUGCAUUAUGUGUAAAUGAUCUUCAACUGGUACAGGAGGAGGAUAACUAUGUGUACUCCUACACCUGGGCUAAUGAUAGAUCCGUUCAAAAUGCUCUACACGUUCGCGAGGAGGAUAACUAUGUGUACUCCUACACCUGGGCUAAUGAUAGAUCCGUUCAAAAUGCUCUACACGUUCGCGAGGAGUGGCAGAGAUGCAACAAUAGCAUCCAUUAUGUUGUUGGUGCAAAAAGUAGCGCAUCCUACACAUUUAAUGUCCAAAGUACCGUUGAGUAUCACCGGAAUCUCUCUGAAAAACGCUGCCGAGCUCUAAUAUACAGUGGUGAUCAUGACAUGGUUGUUCCACAUGAGGGCACAGAAGAAUGGAUAAGGUCUCUAAAUUUCCCAGUUGAAAGCGGUUGGAAACCAUGGUUUGUUGAAGGGCAAGUAGCAGGGUCGUACAGAUAUACGACGAAGUAUGCACACAAUGACUAUGAGUUGACAUAUGCAACUGUAAAGGGAGCGGGUCACACAGCUCCAGAGUACAAGCCCAGGCAAUGUCUUGCCAUGGUUAGUAGGUGGUUUGCUUCCUACCCUCUCAAAUCAACACUUGUGUUUGAUUGA